AUGCAAGUGACCACAAGAUUUAUAGUCGCUAUAGUCUCAGUUUGCCUAUUUGCUUCUUCCACACUGGCGGAGAACAAUGCAAGGGCUACGCCAGGAUCCGAUUUACUCGUCCUAACCGAAAAGAAAUUCAAGUCAUUCAUUGAGUCACAUCCUUUAGUCCUUGUCGAAUUUUUCGCUCCAUGGUGUCUACAUUCACAGAUCUUGCUGCCCCACUUAGAAGCAGCCGCCUCCGUUUUAAAGGAGCAUAAUAUCCCAGUCGUUCAAGUUGAUUGUGAGACCGAAAGCAUGCUCUGUCUACAACAAACCAUAAAUACUUACCCAACUUUAAAAAUCUUCAAAAAUGGCCGUAUUUUUGAUGGCCAAAUCUAUCGCGGUGUCAAGAUCACUGAUGACAUUACCCAGUAUAUGAUACAAUUAUACGAAGCUUCUGUUAUUUAUUUAGAAUCUGAAGAUGAAAUCCGGCCAUAUUUGGAAAAUUCCACUCUACCAGUGGUUGUAAACAAAGGAUUAACAGCUUUGAAUGAAACGUAUCAAGAAGUUGCGCUUGAUCUUGCUGAAGAUUAUGUCUUUUUAUCUCUUCUAGAUUCGAAGGACAAAUCAUUGUCAAUUUACUUACCUAAUACUACUGAACCAAUCCUGUUUGAUGGCAGUGUAGAUUCAUUAAAUGGGGAUUCGAUUGCUUUAACUCAAUGGUUGAGGGUGGUAAUUUUGCCUUAUUUCACCGACGUCAAGCCUGAUCUCUUCCCCAAGUAUAUUUCUAGUAAUUUGCCGUUGGGCUACUUUUUUUACACUUCCAAGGAAGAGUUAGAUGAUUACACUGAUCUUUUCACACAGUUGGGCAAGGAAAAUCGUGGCCACAUCAAUUUUAUUGCAUUGAAUUCUACCGUUUAUCCACACCACGUUAAAUUCCUAAACAUGAGAGAACAGUUCCCAUUAUUUGCCAUUCAUAAUAUGAUCAACAAUCUGAAAUAUGGCUUACCACAACUUCCUGAAGAAGAGUAUUCAAAACUGGAAGAACCACAGCCACUAGACAGAGAUAUGAUAAUCCAGUUGGUAAAAGAGUACCGUGAAGGGACAGCCAAGCCAAUCGUCAAGUCAGAAGAGAUUCCAAAAGAGCAAAAUUCCAAUGUUUAUAAAAUAGUUGGUAAGACACAUGACGACAUUGUUCAUGACAAUGAUAGGGAUGUCCUUGUUAAAUAUUACGCUACGUGGUGUGUUCACAGUAAGAGGUUUGCGCCUGUUUACGAGGAAAUUGCUAAUGUCUUAGCAUCAGAUGAAUCUCUCCGUGAUAAAAUAUUGAUUGCUCAAGUAGAUUCCGGUGCAAACGAUAUCUUAAGCUUCCCUGUCACGGGAUAUCCAACUAUUGCCUUAUAUCCUGCAGGCAAUAAUUCCAAGCCUAUUGUCUUCAACAAAAUUAGAAACCUGGAAGAUGUGUUUGAGUUCAUCAAAGAAUCAGGGACACAUCAUAUUGACGGCCAAGCAAUUUAUAAUAAACUUCACAAAGCUGAGGAUACCGUGCAUGAUGAAUUGUAA